GCUAUUGUUUUCUAAAUUGUCAUCAUGUCACGAACUUUGGCUCUCGGGAACUCCUUGGCUCACUCUAAUCCUAAUGCAAUGAACCAAAGCCAUCUCAAGGAGGCUGUGGUUCCCCCCUCUCCACCUCGAUUCAAGUUUAUUCUUCUAACCUUGGAUCGACCUUCUCCCUCCGUAUCCUGGGGCCUGUCGCUCAGUCUUUUCGAAAAGUCAUACCUAGUUGUGGGGGAAUCGAAGGCUCUCCAUAUCGCUUCCUUGGUGCAAAAUCUGUGGAGCGUGGAAUCCACUUUAAAUCCGUGGUUCUUCUGGCAGAACCGCGUCGAUAUCGGCACGGUUCCCCGCUACCUUACUUCGCUCCCGUCUCAUCCGACGCCUAGGACUGUUUUGCCCGGAGAUUGUAUACUUUCGAUUAAUGGAAUCGUCGUUCCGAGUUUUGGAACCUUAUCAAACGCCACAAACGCUUUGCGUUCGAAAAAUCAUGUCCAACUGGUCCUUUUGAGGUAUCCGGCGGCCCUCGAGUUGGCCCGAAUGAAACGGGACGAGGCCGUGGCAGCGGCGGCGGGUAGCGUGAUGCCGAUUCCGGAUGGCAGUAUUCGUGCGGCCCAAGCAGCCUUUUUCGUUUAUCGAAACAUUCCCGUGCCCCGGUCCUUUGUCUCUUCCUCAGCGACUACUGCACGGACUACACAGCUAUCCGUGCCAGACAAGAGGCACUUUGCACCGUUGAAUUCCCAAGACAAAGCAUCCAAACCGUCCAACACAAGCCAUUUCAAACCCCACAAAAAGACGAAUUCAUGGAAGCCUCCUCCGCCCAUUUUGAAUCCACUGUUCCGGGACGCGCACGGAAAGCCCCUAGUGUACGAAGACUCGGCCUUUUCCUUCGAGUGCGAUCCCGAUGAAGGACAUCGUGCCGCGCUGUUUCUGCAGCCCGUGGCCGAUUUUCACCAGUGGUUGCAGAUUCGCAAGGCUGCUUGGCGGAAGCGUUACCGUCUUCCAUCUGUAGAAGAAACAAUAGUGGAUGAGGUUCGGAACGCUGAUCGUUUCCCCGAUAGAGUAGCAAUUGAUUUUUGGACACCGCAGGGUUUCGACAACUUUCCCACCUGGUUGCGGACGCGAACCACGAUGUGGAAAACGGCUUACUCGUGGAACCAAAAGAAGCUGGAACGAUUGGAAAAAGAUGUUGAAGAGAUCGUUAGUUUGGAUCGAGAUGACUUUGGCGAAUGGUUGCGAGUACGGAAGAACCAGUGGAAGGUUCAACGGCGUAAACGACAGCGAGAAUUGACCAUCGCUUUGCCGUCUGCAUCCAAAAUGACCGCUGCAAGUCUAUGCUCGCCGUUGCACAAUACGGUAGUUACACCAGAAGGAUCCCCAGCUUCUAGCACUGUGACUACAAAGCGCUCCCUGUUCACACUGGACCAUCCGGAGCUUGUACUGAUUGACGCUUUUCUGGAAGAACAAGAGCGAUCUCGACGCAUUUUAGACAGUCGGCCGCCUCUGGAUCUCUCCUUUAUAUUCGACGCAGCCUUGGGGUGCCCCGAUGAUGUCGUUGUGCAUAUUUUUCAGUAUCUGAAUCCAGUGGAGCACUCCAAGCUCUUGUGUAUCUCGAAAAAGACUCGUCAAGCCCUGCAACAACGCGGCGAUGUUUUCAGACAACUUUGUCCAGCGCAUUGGAAGCUACCACGAAGACCCCGCAAACCUUGGCACGAGCUGUACCUGACGCAGUUGCACACGGAGACUGAACGAUCUCGUAAGGCCUGGGACGAUCUACUUUCCAGAGCGUCGGCGAUUCUCCUCAAGGGUGAUCAGCUUCAGUCCAUAGAGAAAUUGAUUGGUAUGGCUGAAAGAGAUUUCCGCUUUGACGUCAACUACAGCAGUGGUGUCGUUUGCGAGCGAAAUUCCAUCCUAAACCUAGCUGUAAUCCAUCAACGGCACAAAGUGGUGCGCUGGCUGGUUGAAACCAAAAAAGCUGAUAUUGAAACAUGUGAUCGGGGGAACUUCACUCCAUUAUUGAAUGCCGCUUGGGCUGGGGACCGGUUUUUGGUGCGAUUCUUUCUCCAAAAAGGAGCGAGUCGAUCGCAGCUCGGGACUGGUCACUACACACGACCAUUGGCACUCCCCGACUUUGUUGGAUUCACAGCAGAAGGCUGGGCAAACGAACGGGGAUAUGAGGAAAUCGCUAAAUUGCUUCGGCUGGGAUUGUAAUCGCCGAUUACUAAUGGUGAUUCCCGCACAAAUUUCCAGCUUAUUCUAAAAAGCUGGAAUCAAUUAUACAAAGGACCGUUGUCCCUGCUCUAUAAUUAGAUCAGUUCAUACUG